AUGCCUGCAAAGAAAGCUGCCGCUCCUGCGCCUAAAAAGGCUGCUGCCACCCCCGCUCAUGCCUCAUACAAAGAUAUGAUCAAGGAAGCGAUACUCAAUGUGAGUCAAUUCUCCUUGCGCCAAGGCGCUUCGAUUGGGCCACUCUUAAGGACGACUGCCCCCAUUACCAUCAACAUGCCAUCGUUCAAUGCGCUCAAAGACAGGACUGGCAGCAGCCGUCAAGCGAUCAAAAAAUAUGUCAAAGCCAACAACAAGGGCCUGACAACCGCGACUGAUGCCCAAUUCGAUGUCAUGUUCAACAAGGCUCUGAAGACCGGCGUUGAUAAGGGUGACUUCACCCAACCCAAAGGCCCGUCUGGACCCGUGAAGCUGGCGAAGAAGGAAGCCAAGCCGACUGCUGCCAAAGCAGCUGCCCCGAAGAAGGAACCAAAGGAAGCCAAGCCUAAGGCUGCUUCACCUACAGCCACCACCAAGAAGGCUGCACCAAAGAAGGCGGCCCCCAAGCCCGCCACCACGAAAAAGGCACCCGCUACCAAGAAGACCCCAGCUGCCAAACCAAAGGCUAAUACGGCCAAGCCAAGGGCGAAGAAGACUGCUAAGCAACCAACUACCGCACCUGCUGUUGUGGAUGUCCCAACAUCACUCACCAAGACCAAAUCGGGACGCGUCACCAAGACCAAACAGACCGCACCAACCGCGGCAAAGAAGGCCGCCGCAUCGAAGAAGACUCCCACAAAGAAAGCCACACCCAAGAAGUCGGCGACACCGAAGAAGACCGAGGCAGCUGCAUAG